GGUGGAAAUUGUUUUUGGGCAAAACCCUGGUUGGGAAAAGUAACUUAAAAGGUUAAAUAUUAGAUAAGGGCAUAGCAAAGUCGUGAAAUUCAUUCAUAUUUUCCAUUUCAUACUUCAGCACACCAAAACUAGGACCAAAAGAACGAAAGAGAUGGGUUGGAUCGGAGAUAGCAUAGAGUCUAUCAGGUCAAUGCAGAUUCGCCAGUUCCUCACUCAGGCUGUCAGUCUCGGUAUGAUUGUUACAUCCGCACUAAUAAUUUGGAAGGGACUGAUGUGCGUCACUGGCAGUGAAUCUCCUGUUGUUGUUGUUCUUUCUGGAAGCAUGGAACCGGGCUUCAAGAGGGGGGAUAUUUUAUUCUUACAUAUGAGUAAAGAUCCAAUACGAGCUGGAGAGAUUGUUGUUUUUAAUAUUGAUGGUCGGGAAAUUCCAAUUGUCCAUCGUGUAAUUAAGGUACAUGAACGGCAAGAUGGAGAAGUUGAUGUACUCACAAAAGGAGAUAACAAUUAUGGGGAUGAUAGACUUUUGUAUGCUCAAGGUCAGCUUUGGCUUCAACGGCACCAUAUUAUGGGCAGAGCUGUUGGGUUCUUACCUUAUGUUGGAUGGGUAACUAUUAUCAUGACUGAAAAGCCUAUUAUCAAGUAUAUUCUCAUCGGGGCACUGGGACUGCUCGUUAUGACUUCCAAGGACUGAAAAGAUGAAAGUUGAAGGAGAUAGUUCCAUCAUGUGCAAUGACCUGAACCAUUUUUCCUCUCUUUCUAUACCAGACCUAAAGAAUAGUUGAAAUGAUCGGAUAAAUUAAAUAUAUUAGAUGACUCUAUGGACCGGUUCCAAUGAUCUGCUUCACUUGCCAUUUAUAAAUGAGAUUUUUGUUCUA